AUGUCGGAACCGACAGCAACGCAGCUCAAGGACGAGGGCAAUGAGUUAUUUAGGAAGCAAGACUACGUCGGGGCAUUGGCAAAAUACACCGAGGCUAUUGCCCUGGAUGACAAGAGCGCUGUUCUAUAUGCGAACCGUGCUGCUUGCAAUCAUGGGUUGAAUAGAAACUUAGAUGCUGUCGACGACGCGAAGAUGGCUACAGUAAUUGACCCAGGCUAUGCCAAAGGGUGGUCACGAUUGGCAGCAUCUCGAGACGCCCUCGCGGACUGGGAGCGGAGUGCUGAAGCGUGGCAGAAGGCAUUGGAUGCACUCCCCAAAACUAACCUCAGUCCUGCGGAGCAGCGGCAGAAAGAUCAGUAUAGUGCCGGUCUGGAUGCAGCCCAAGCGCGUGGCAAGGUCCCGAGGGACCCACAUUUCAUUCGUUUCAAGGCCGGCGAUGGCAACCUCCCUUGGCAAAUCGCGACGGGGAUGCUUCCUGAACUCCGGCAAGCGGGUCCCGAAAAAUACUCUAGUAGUGCUUGGGUGAUCUCACAUGCAUACGAGGAUUUCACGAAAGGGGUAGGAUUUAUGAAUGAAUUGAAAUCGGUACCUCAUUCUCAAGCUCCAGGAGGAAUUGCCUACGGUGGAAGUCUGAUGGCCUUGACGUAUUUGACCAAUGGUUUGACGCGUGACGAGCGCGCGUUCUGUUUCAAUCAACCCGACUGGAUCACCAAGAAUCACACUGACCAAGGUUCAGUUACAUUCGAAGCUACGGCUCGCCGAGCCUGGCACUCCGACGGGCCCGAAACUAUCAAGGAGCUAGCACAGAAACGCCUGAAGGAAAAGGGCUGGAAUGACGUGCGCCCCGCUUUGUCAGUGACUGUUCGUGCAUGGAUAAUGAGAAGCAUGUUGGAAAGCCAUUUGAAAGAGGGACCUGCAGUCGGCCUUCAGUUUUUGACACGAGCUGUUGACUUGCUUGAAUGGGGACGAAACGUUUGGAAGAAUGUUGCCAAUGAAGAUCGUGGAAAGAUUUUCCAGGAUACGUUUUUGCGAAGCGUGCGUAGCAUGCACCUCAAGAUGUUUAUGGACGCAUACGUCACCGACCCUGGCUUGAACUCCAAGUUUCCCCUUGAACAUCUGAAGGAAGAAGCUGAAGACCUCCUCAAAGAGAUUGACAUAGCAUCAAAGAGCCCUAGUAAGGAGGAAGUUGACCCUGGCUUUGUAUCGUCUUUUUGUAUCUAUCCUGCUGGAAUUGCUCAUUCGAUGAUAGGAUUCUAUCAUGCACAGACAGCUCGGUACAGCGACGACCUUUUCGCGUGUAUUGGCUUUGCGAAUGGGGCAAAGGAUUACAUGCAGGCAGCUAAAACAUACUCCGAGGAUGACGAAUACCGCGCAUUUUACUUGUGCUGCGCUAUGGAUUGUAUGCGAAAUGCCGGUGUCUCUAUUCGCGACUUCAAUAAAGUUGCCAUUGAAUUACGGGGAGCCGUGCCUAAGAUGAUGAAGAUAUGGGCGGUCUCUGCUCUACAGCAAGGUGGACGAGACGAUAAAAUACAAGCAAACUUGCGCAUUGCAGAUGAUCUGAUGAAGCUUGUCGCCGAAGGAAAGUUGACGAUGGAAGAUCCUGUACCUUUGUGA